GCGUGAUAUGGGCUGUUUGCAAAGCUCUGGUGAAGUGGUGAAGACUCCACGUGCUGACAUGCCUGCAGGCUUCCUGCGAAGUGGGGAGCCGGCGAAGUACGGCGGCCGCGAUGCCGAUCCAGAGAAGCCCAUUGUCAUGGGCAAGUACAGAAUGAGUAUGGCCAAGAAUGACCUUCUUGGUGAGGGGUCCUCAUCCAUUUGUCGCAAGGGCAUCGACCUUGAGACAGGUCAAGAAGUGGCAAUUAAAGUCUACAAGACUGCGACGAAGUCGGUGAAUAGCUCUGAGGAGAUUCGCCUUCAGAAAUUCAAGAGGCAAAUCCAAGUCCUGAAGAUGUUACAGGAGCCUUUCACACCACCGAAGGAUGAGACCCUGUGGCACGGCGAUUUGGCCAAAGCGACCCCCUCCAAGCUCUUCAUGAUGUUGGUGGACUACUCUAAGGAUGCCAAGGGAGAACCUGCUCCUGAUACUACAGAUGGGGUGAUGUAUGUCAUCACCGAAGUUGCACAAUACAGUCUGAAGGUGAAGAAUGAGCUGCGGAGAAUCCCCACGGAGCUGCGUCAGGGCCCUCGGAGAGCUUCGCAAGAAGAAGAAAUGGCGAGAUGCACUGGACACGCCCCAGAUCUUUUCCGUUGUAUGGGGCAUCGCUGGCUGGAACGCAACAUCAUUUGCGUCGGUGCUACGCUGGGCUGUCUGGAAGCACCACGCUGGACUUGGGGGUUGCAGCUUCUGCGACAAGCAGAAGGAGAGUCGUUGGAAAUCAGUCACGUCACCAUCAACUGCGCCAUCUCCAUUUGCGAGAAAGGCCGCGCGUGGCGUUGUGGUUUUCAGCUCUUGGAUCUGGGCAUCGGCUGCAUCGGCUGCGGCCACAUCAGCGUCGCCCGGGAGCAGCACCUGGUGUCGUGCAACGCAGCGCUGAGCGGCCUCAAGGGCCUCGAUGCCGCGGCCACAACGGCAGCCAUGUGGCACAAAGCGAUCGCGUUGCUGCACAAAAUGCAUCGAGAUGGAUUUGUCGAGCCUGACGUCGUUUCUUUCGGCACGGCCCUGCGGGUAUUGGCAGAUUGCGACUCCGUACAGCAGUGGCAGCAAUCACUACAACUGUUCCAGGAGGUGUCGGCUCGGCUACUCGAACCAGGUGGGCACAUCUUCACAGCUUUGAGCCUGAGCUUGGCCACUUUGUGGCCUCGUGCUCUGGCGUCCCUGCCACGCCACGCCGAUGUGACGACGUGCAACGCGGCCCUGGCCGCAUGCGGGGCGGACGGGGCGGACGGGGCUGGUUGGCAAGCGGCGCUUGUGAUCCUGAAGACGUUGCAACAGGAGAAGGUGGCAGAUGUGAUCAGCUAUACCACUGCUAUCAGCGCUCUGUCGAAGCAACACUGGCAGCUGGCUUUGCACCUUGUUGCUGAGUUGCGAUCUGCAAGACUGCGUUUGGAUGUGACUUGCCUCGCCUCGGCUGCAGCAUGUCAGUCAUGGGAAAGAGCCAUUCAGCUGCUGCUGGCUGGAAGGUCCUGGGCUGUCGCUCCAGAUACCAUCUGCUACAACCAGCUACUGGCCAUUGCAGAGGCCGAGGAGCAGUGGAUGGUGGCAACUUCACUGCUGGAGUGCUUGCAGGGUAGCAGCUGUUUGGCAGAUGUGGUGAGCUUCAACAGCGCCAUCAGUUCCAUGCAGAAGGCUCGAGCCUGGACCCGAGCCUUUCAGAAGAUGUGCGCCCUUCGAGUGGCACCGCUGCAGCCGGAUGUGGUGACCUUCAGCGCUUUGGUGAGUGCCGCGGAAAAAGCCCAACGCUGGAGCUUAGCCACGCAGCUGCUGGGAGGUUGGUCUCCGGGCUUGGUGGCCUUCAAUGCUGCCAUGGCCGCUUGUGAGAAGGGCCUUGGCUGGCGUCCGGGCCUGGAGCUUCUCCACACCAUGAGGAGGCGCCAGCUGAAACCAGACGCCACUAGCUUCAUUUCCCUGAUUGCCUGUGCUGCAAGAAGCACUGCCUGGGAGAUUUCUGUAAUGCUCUGGCAGGAUUUGGAUGCCCAUCUUCGGUUGUCAGCUUCACAACGUUACUCCCUGAUGCUGGCCUAUGAGUCACUACUGUCUGCCUACGUGCUCGUGGGGCAAGGGACACACGCGGCCUCGUUGAUGGACAGCAUUUGUGAAGAAGGAACAAAGGAACCAUCAGAAAGCAGCGGCACUGACACAGCCAGUCCUCAGCUUGCCAUCCUGCAGGAUUACUUUGCCCUGAAGCGCGAGAAGAACAAACCCCUGUCCCGCGAGUCGAUCAAGGCGUGUGCCCGUGCCAUCAUCUUGGUGGUUGCGGGUCUCCACGCGAAGGGCUUGGUGCACUUGGACCUGAAACCAGAGAAUCUGAUGAUGUUCAACGGUCGCCUGAAGCUGAUCGAUGUGGAUGGCUGUGUACCCAUUGACAGCGAGGUCUCGAUCAAUGACUCCUCCAUUUCCUUCUCUCCAUGCUACUGCGCACCAGAGUGGGCCAGGUUCCUCAUUGACGAAGCCGAGAACAAGAUCAUUGCGCGGCCACACUUGGAUGUUUGGAGCAUUGGCAUCACGCUCUGCGAACUUGUCACGUUGGACGCGAUUCUCAAGCCCAUGUACGGCAACUUCUUGCGAAAUGGUCACUCCCACAGAGAAGCAGGCUUCUUAUUCAUGGAUUGGUUGGGACACAUCACUCGCGCGCCCGUCCCCAAGAGCAUCGAACGCUUCGACAAGGACUUCCACAAGCUCAUCGUGGAUGGGCUGUUGGUCUGUGACCACGUGAAACGGAAGUCUUUGGCCCAGUGUCUCUCUGAUCCCUACAUCUUUGAGAGCACCGCCGGCGCCACUCAAUCUGAGUUGCACGAGGGCGAGAAGGUACAACGCCAACACCGUCAUCGCUUCGAAGAUACUUCCAGCAAAGCACCUUUGUACAAGGGCACGUUGUACAAGCUCAACACCGAUGGAAAUCCUGACGAUGCUGCUCACUGGCUGAAGCGCGACAUGUGGGUUGCCUGCGAUGGCUCCUUGUGCUAUUUCAGCAUCAAGGAGAACAAGCGUUUGGUGCUCUUGGAUGGCGUGAAGCUGGCUGGUGCGAAGGUGGAAAACAUGACCAGCUCUGCUCGGCAGUUUGCCUUCAAGUUGGAUUGCAUCAACAGCGACGACCACGAGCAGGACAUUAGCAUGUGCUUCUCUGCUGAGUCCGAGGCAGACUAUGGGAAGUGGCGAUCCUUGCUGUCCCAAGCCACCAAUUUGGAUGGUGCUAUGCAGACCAUCCGCUUGGGCGGUGCUGUGGCAGAUGAGCUCAAGCAGUUCAGGCUGGCAGUGAAGAAUCGUCGUAUGAAGGUGGGAGAAGAUGCCAAGGACCAGUUCGAGCCUGUCUUCAAAGCCAAGCUUUGGAAGGUUAAAGCUGAAGGCGAGCGAAAGAAAGAGGGUGAUUGGUUUGAGCGCGAGAUGUGGAUCGCCAAGAACGGCAGCUUGGUGUACUGGAGCAAGAAGGAAGAGAGAGAGUUGGUAUACUACACCGCUGAUGACAUUUCCCAAGCAAAGUUCGUCUUCCUGGAGAAAGAGGAUGCAUUCCACCCGUGGGCCUUCCAGGUUCAGUUGGCCCCGAACAGCGGCGUGGAAUUUGCCCCCGGAGAAUUUGCUGCCGAAUCCGAAGCCAUGCGCGAUCGCUGCUUGGAACAACUGGGUGCAGCAGGUGCUUUCACUUACUGCCAAAGCUGGAGGGCCGAGGGGCAACAGCAGCUUCAAAGCAUCGAACUUUGUGGCUUCAUUCGAUGUGUCAAAAAGUGUCACGACUUUGCCACUUCGCAG